AUUAAUUUAAAUAUUUAAUGAUCGUACACGAGUGCGAGAAAAUCUCUCGUAAACAAUUCCCACUUUCAGAAUUCCCGAGUUUGUCAAAGAUCUGAUGGCUGAAAUCUGAAUUCUGCAUAAACUAAUCGAAGAAAUUUUAAUGCUGGCGUAAUUUCGGAUUUCUCUCGCCAUUGAUCACAAUCAUUCGCUGUGUGUAUAGUGCCGGUGCUGAAAAUCGGUAUAUAACUGCAAAUAAUUAUAUACAGUAGAUUCAUAGUACCGAGCGGCUUGGAAGGUUUUGGGGGAUUCGAUGCCGGGGAAUCGGAAGUUGCAGAGGAAUGGUUCGGCGACCGAGAGAGUUGAAGAUGCAAUGAGACGGUUAAAAGUAGGCGAUGAUGACAAGGGUAGAGGGGGUGAUGAGACUGGUUCAUAUCCGGAUCGUCCGGGUGAACCGGAUUGCAUAUAUUAUCUGAGAACUGGGUCUUGUGGUUAUGGAAGCAAUUGUCGUUUCAAUCAUCCCUCUGAUCCACGACAAGUAUAUGAUGCUAAAAGCACCACUGAAUUACCAGAACGAGCUGGACAGCAGGAAUGUGGGCAUUAUCUGAGGACAGGCACCUGCAAGUAUGGGCCCACAUGUAAAUAUCAUCACCCUAAGAAUAGGAAGGUUGAUGUCUUGAUGAAUAUUUUGGGUCUGCCAAUGCGACAGGAUGCUAGGCUCUGUCAAUAUUACAUGCGGACUGGAUUAUGUAAAUAUGGAUCUGAUUGCAAGUAUCAUCAUCCUCAACCUCCGUCAGCAGGAGCUAAUAUGUUGCCUGUAGUUGGACCUGCUUAUGGAUCAGGCGGGUCUGCAAAUGUGCCUUCAUCUGGCAUGACAUCUUUAGAUGAACUUUCAGCAGCAUCAAUGCCAAAACAAACAUACUUUGCUGGUUCUUUCUUUCAACUUCCACAAAGCUACAUACCCUAUUUUGUACCUCCUUCGCAUGGAUGGAAUACAUAUAUGGGAAGUGUCAACCCAUUAUCUGUUCCUGGUGUCCUCACUGCACCACCUUCUAAUGGUCGGCAGCAAUCAGUCACUAAUCUGCCAGAAAGACCAGGUCAACCAGAAUGCCGAUAUUUCAUGAAUCAUGGGAGCUGUAAAUAUGGUUCAGAUUGCAGGUAUAAUCACCCCAGAGAGAAAAUGUCGCAAUUGCCACCAAAUUCUCUUGGACCCCUUGGACUCCCCAUAAGACCUGGACAGCCUGUAUGCUCGAACUAUGCUCUCUACGGCCUCUGCAAAUACGGCCCUACAUGUAACUUCGACCACCCCAUGGAUGGCUACUCCUACGGGUACAGUCUGACUGCCCCACCUCUCGCAAGUGUCUAUGCAUCAUCCAUUCCAUAUGGAAUGGCCCCAGUCGUGCCAUCUCCUAACAUUAAUGCCCCUCCGACCAAAUCAUCCUGGUUAAGUGACUGGAUCAAGAAAGGAGCUGCAACUGCAAGCAACAAAAACCAGAAUGUGAACGCCAAAGAAGUUGCCGCUGGAGAUUCGCCCGACAAACCUGACUCCAUCCCACAUUCCCAUUCCCAUUCUCUUUCCCCCGAAGCUUCAUCGGCUGAUGUUAUUGACAAUUCUGAUUGACAAUACAAUGCUUUGGGGUGGGAGGGGAUGUUCACCCGGAGCCACCACUAACCCAACCGCGGGGAUGAUGUGGUGUGCUCCUGGUUUAUUUUUGGCUCACCUUUUCCUUUCGUCGCUCGAUGUUUUUCGGAAUGGUAUGUUGUUGCAACUAUUAAAGAUUUUUGGCUGGCCUCUUUUGCUUGUUUGGUGCACGGUAAAACCAGAAAGAUUAUCAUCACGUUUUUGGUUUUAUGUUUAAUUCCUUUCAAUUUGAUGGAUUGCUUGCUCCA